GUUGUCAGUGGCAACAUAAACAACUGUUUUUAAUUCUGAACUAUUUUAGCAAGUUAACAAAUUUAAUAGGUAGCUUAUUUGGAGAGCAGUGAAAAGUAAUAAUGUCAAUGGAAGAUUCACAGCAGUGCGAACAGAUGGCUGCAGCAAAUGAGAAAACAUCAGAUUAUUACAGAACAAAAAAUAUACCAAACAGAUUUGAUAAUCCAACAUGGUUUAAGGGAUAUGGAGGUAAACCAGAACACCCUAUGUACAAGACAACAUCAAAUACUAUUGGUCAAAAAAACCCAUCUGUCCACACAAUGCCAACACAGUUCUAUUGUCGAUCACAGAAAUUUACUGAACAUUUAGGCACAUGUGGAAUGUACAAGAAUAAUUCGUUCAAUACAGCACUUGACAAAAGUAAAGUUUAACAGCAAAACAGACAUUUAAACAUAGAAAAAAAAUCAUGUACAUAAUUUUAUCUUUCUAUCAUUGUGUGAUAUAAACAUUUGUGACAUCUUGUAACCUUAAAUUUUUUAUCAGUUUCAUGCUGAUGAUAUGUUUAAAGCUUAACUUUAUUUAUAAAGGCAAGUAACAAUAUUUUAGAUAAAAAAAAAUACUUUUAAUUUUAUAACA